AUCCUGAAAUCUCCAGGUCCUCCAGGUUUCGCCAUGCCAUGGCCUUCCUUUGGCCCAUCUCUGGUGAGGAGCUCUUGCGUCUUCGCCGCGAGGCACUUCCCCCGGUGACCUUCGACGGCCGCGUGCGGCGGGUGCAGCGGCUGCGCCCCGUGCGCCAGACGUUGAGCAAAGGACAGGAGGAAGCUGCGGCCGUGGCACGGAAGUUGGAGUUGUUGAGGUGGCAGCUCCUUCCGGGCGAAGAUGUGCGCAUCGCCCGGGAGGCUAAGGUGAACCGACAGGACAUCGCCCUCAGAGCGGAUCGGAGCGAUCAAACUUGGCUGAGCUUCGGCGAUGCCAUCCGGGUGAUCUUGCCUGGUGUGGCGGAGGAUGCCCGUGAUACCUGUCUUUGCACAUGCGUGCGGCCAGGUAUGACGUCACAGGUGGGUCCUGGCGCCUGUCUCCCCAGCGACGCCGCCUUCGCCGAGCGCCGCCUGGCACGGGACCUCGCGGCUGCCGGGCGCUCCGCUGCCAGCGCGUCCGCUGCGGAGUUCGUGGCGCUGACGCUGGCGCCCGUGGAGGACACCAGGAGGAGCGCUUGGAGCGUCUACAGGGCGGGGGAGUUGGAUGGAUUCCAGGAUUCCAAGGUGCACUAUGGUCAACCUCUCCUGUUGGGCCAGCCGGAAACCACUGCAGAACACCCUCGGCAGGAAGUGCUGCUGAGCUGCGAGCCGCCCAGUCGUGAGGGAGGAAUUGGUGCUGCCUAUCAACUUCUGGGAAGGUUUGUUGGCUUUGGCCAUGCAGCCUUGGACCGGAAGAGCUGGAAUACCAUCUUCAUGUUGGUGCCAGCUGGGGAAAAGCAGAUGGGAGAUGUGGUGGAUGUGAAUUUGGGGCUGUGGAUUGUGCCGCUGGCUCCAUUCUCCUAUUUGCAUGGUCCCCGGCUGAUGCAAGCCAUGUACUUCGGCUUACCCAACCGCGUGGGUCGUGGCUGCGUGUCGCGCGCCCUGAAAUUGGCCGAUGGCCGGGAGGAGCUGGUGCUGCACGCGCCGAGGGCACCGCGUCGAGAGGAUCAGGAGGGCUGGUGGGAUGCGGAAUGGACGUUGCAGCCAUUGGUGUUGCCCCCCGAGCCCUGCGUGGUGGAGCUGCACAUGACGGACUUUGCCCGGUGGGACCGCUUGAGGUCGAGCAUUUUGGAGCGGCUCUUGGAUCGACGAGAGGCCUUUGCCUUCAGCACCUUGCGGAAGGUCCUGUCCAAGGACCGGAUCUUGCCCAAGAAGGAGCAGCUGGCGCUGCUUCCGCCCACAGCGGAAGCAGCGACGCCCCUCAGCGACCAGAUUGUUGUGGGAAAGUCCUUCGUCGCCUCCACCUUUCAGUGUAGCUAUGGGCUGUACAUCAGUGAAACCGACCUACAACUCUUGGCGCAGCGCUUUGGUUCUGAGUGCCUGGAGAGCUUCGACAGCGAUGAAGCCAUGGUGAAUGUGGACCUGUUCUUGGACGCCUUGCGGGGUGAGAUGUCUGUUGGUCGGUCUCGGACGCUGGAUCAACUUUACACUCUGCUGCUCAAGCAGGUAGGAAAGCCAACGGAGAGCCUACCAACAAGCUGGAUCCAAUUCCAUCUGGAGAAGAUUGCCGCGCAGCGCAUCAGGCCCAGAGAGCUUGGCCAGUUCCCACCGGAGGAUCUCAUGGCCGCUUUGCCGCUGCUGCGUAGCCACGCAGCUGUCACUCGCCAGAUUUUCCUUCGGUGGCAGAUGGAUGUUCUGGCAUUGGUUCAUCAGCAUGAAGCAUUGCUCCACUUCUUGCGCGAGAUUUGGGGUGAUGUCGUGCUGAAGCUCCUCACUGAUGAGGAAAAGUUCAAUUGGAGGCUGCCAGUGCCGCAGCGGAGACGUUUCACGGCCUGAACUUGCCUGCAGAAAUUGCGCAGAGGGCCAUUGCGAAGCAUUGCGAAGCAAUGAACUAGGGAGGCUCAAGAUUGGGGCACCUUUGGGGAC